AUGGAAACUGCGAAGAACGAUUCAAACUUGCUAAUGAAACAAGGAAAAUGUCAAGUGGCGUCCGAAGCUAUCAACGUGGCCAAAGAAGCUUCAUCGAAAAGCAUCACUUGCUAUCGUUGUGGAGGGCCUCAUUAUGCGUCUGUGCGCAAGCACUCGAAAACAAAGUGCAACGCAUGCCACAAGACGGGACACUUUGCCAGUGUGUGCAAAUCAAAGAAGCAGCAAGGCCAAUCCAACAAUUCCGGACAGAAGAAAAACGCUCACAAGCGUCCUGUCUAUGCUGUUGACAAUUCCGAACAGUCGUCCACGAGUCAGCCACCCGUGACGUACAACAUGUGGUCACUGAAAUCCUCCAUAUCAUCACCUCCAUAUGUUACUACUUUGGAAGUGGCGGGGAGACCACUUCGGCUAGAAGUGGAUACCGGAGCCAGCGUCUCCAUCAUCGGACAAAGAACUUUCGUAGAAGAAUUUCCAGAGCUUCAAUGUGAACCUUCGGAUGUCAUCCUAAGAAGCUAUCGCGGUGACCUUUCUAAGGUUCAAGGAAAGGUUGUCGUACCUGUUCGAUUUCUAAACAAAGAAGCAACGCUUCCUUUGUAUGUCGCACGUGAUCAGACUCCUACACUCCUUGGAAGAGAUUGGAUCAACGCCCUUGGAAUAAGUUUGGCCGAUGUGAAAGAAGUUACCGCUGCAUCCAGCAUGGAAGGAAUUCUGAAAAAUCACAAGGAAGUUUUUUCCGACGGACUAGGAACGCUGAAAGGUGUGAAAGCUAAGAUCACCAUCCCAGAGGGAGCGCGGCCCAAGUUCUUCAAGCCUCGCAAGAUUCCGUUUGCGUUACAGGACAAGGUUGCUCAAGAACUGCAACGACUUCAGCGCGAUGGAAUUAUCUGUCCUGUGAGAACAUCCGAAUGGGCAGCACCAAUUGUGCCUGUUCUAAAGCAUGACGGCCGAGUGCGGAUCUGCGGUGAUUUCAAGGUUACUGUAAAUCCUGUAACCAUUCUCGAGAAGUACCCGGUACCCAGAUUGGAAGAUCUGUGGGCCAAACUUUCAGGAGGCGUCAAGUUUACCAAACUGGACCUGAAGGACGCAUACCAACAGGUGGAGCUCGAGCCUGAGAGUCAGAUGAUUGUCACCAUCAACACUCCA